AUGAUGACUCACUCACAGUUGAGUGAGAUGCUUUGGAAGGCCUACCCAAAGCUUGAGCUUGACACUGUGGACAUGGCACCAUUACCCCCUGAUGCACCUGAGUUUAAACUCAUGCCGAAGGCUCCAUGUGCCACCUGCAACAUGUUGGUCCCACUUCAGUCACUUCCGCUACAUGUCAAGACAUGUAAAAAUGAGCUUGUGGACUUGUCAACAUCAGAUGAUGAGCUACUUAGUGAAUGUCCAAUGCCAGCAAUGUCCCCAGAAAAGAAGAAAGACAAGACUGAAUGUCCAGUGUGUAAAACAAUGUUCUGCACAGACCUAAUAGAAGUCCAUGCAGCAGAGUGUGGAUUGAGAUCGGAAGUCCAGAAUAACACAGAAGACAUUGGUUUUGUCUCAAGCAAGGAUGUUUCUGACUUUGAAGUUCAUUCUAUCGAUUCAUUCCAAAGUUUGGACCAAAUACUGAGCUGGAUAAGUUCUCAAGUACAGGAUGGCACGUUUGAAAUUUGUGUAUCAAGAAGUGAUAUUUUCAAUAGAGGAAUGCAUCAGUGGCAGCGCCAGAAGAAGUCCUCUCCAAAAUUCAAACUGAUGGUGUCUUUCAUAGAGGAAAACGGCUUUGACACGGGUGCCCUAAGAAAGGAAUUCUUAACGGAGAUGAUUGCAGAAAUAGAGAAAAGGCUCUUUGUUGGUGGUGUGGACAAAGAAGGGAAAAAUCCAGUCUACUGUCUGGGGAGCCUGGACAAAAACUAUUUCCGAGCUGCUGGUGAGAUUAUGGCAGCGAGUAUUGCCCAAGGCGGACCACUCCCCUCCUUCAUGAGAAAGUGGUGUUAUGCAUAUAUUUGUUCAGGCGAUGCAGAUGACAUACAAGUGACAUCAGAUGAUGUAACUGAUGUAGAACUUUCUCAACUCAUUACAAAGAUACAAGAAGCAAGUAAUGAAACAAUUGGCGAACUGAUUGAUGGAUUGAUGAACUGUGGAUACACUGGGAUAAUUUCGGACAACAAAAAAGAUGUUAUGACCAGAUCUGUUGUACUGCACUCCACUAUGAGGCUGAUCCCCAUGUUAGAUCAGCUUAGAAAAGGCCUGCAGCUGUAUGGCCUACUGAGAGUUCUGCAUAUGAAUGCUGACAUUUGUCUGCCUCUUUUUGUUUCUGGAGAAGACGAUGGGGUGGAUGCCGCCUUUAUCAUUCAGAAGUGUCACCCUGAGUAUAGCGAAAAGGGCUCAGUUAGAUACACCAGAGAAGUAAACAUCAUGAAUUUCUUUCAGGAUUUUCUACAGGACAUAGAGGAUCAAGAUGAUCUUGAGGCUGAAGUUGAAGAUGGCCAUAAAAAGUUGACAGUUGGAAGAGUCAUGCAGUGGAUCACCGGCCAGGGACACAAACCUUGUCUGCCAACAGGGGGCGCUCUCCUCAGAUCCACCACAGACACAGAGGAACCUUCAGACCACAGUCCAGCAGGGGGCGCUCUCCUCAGAUCCACCACAGACACAGAGGAACCUUCAGACCACAGUCCAGCAGGGGGCGCUCUCCUCAGAUCCACCACAGACACAGAGGAACCUUCAGACCACAGUCCAGCAGGGGGCGCUCUCCUCAGAUCCACCACAGACACAGAGGAACCUUCAGACCACAGAGCCUCCAUCAUCCACCAAUCAGGAGCCAUCAUCAUCCACCAAUCAGGAGCCAUCAUCAUCCACCAAUCAGGAGCCUCCAUCAUCCACCAAUCAGGAGCCAUCAUCAUCCACCAAUCAGGAGCCUCCAUCAUCCACCAAUCAGGAGCCUCCAUCAUCCACCAAUCAGGAGCCUCCAUCAUCCACCAAUCAGGAGCCUCCAUCAUCCACCAAUCAGGAGCCAUCAUCAUCCACCAAUCAGGAGCCAUCAUCAUCCACCAAUCAGGAGCCAUCAUCAUCCACCAAUCAGGAGCCUCCAUCAUCCACCAAUCAGGAGCCUCCAUCAUCCACCAAUCAGGAGCCUCCAUCAUCCACCAAUCAGGAGCCUCCAUCAUCCACCAAUCAUCUCUCACUAUUCUCACAAAAACACACACAUUUGGGAGAGUCUUGUUGCGACUUAUUGCCUCAUCCCCCCCCUCACCCAUCCACUCCUCAGCCACCCUCUACUCCCCCAUUCUCAACCACCCCCUCCUCCCCCCUCCUCACCCACCCCUCCACCUCCAUGACCAACCCAACCUUCCAAACUCUCCUGUGACCCUCCCCUGCUUUCCCCUUCCCCUCUAA